GAUUCUAGAACAAUCCGUGUGAAAAUACACAGAAUUAUUAUUAUUGUUGUUUUUAAAAACUUGUGCUCCACUUAGCUCUCAUUACUUGUUUCUUGUACUAUAUAGAAGUGAGAUUGCUGGGCUUGGAUGGUCUUCAAGAUUGAGAAACCGAAGUGAAAAAAAUGGAGAAAGAAUUGGUUUGGACGAUUGUCGGGGUGUUGGUGGGAGGGUAUGUAUUUUUGUUCGGGUUUGUGGGAAAACUAAAUGACUGGUAUUACAGCUUCAAGUUAAAGAGGAAAGAAGUGCCUCUUCCACCUGGUGAUCUUGGAUGGCCUGGUAUUGGCAAAAUGUUGAACUUCAUCAAAGCUUCCAAAUUUGGUGACCCUGAUUCUUUCAUCUUCGAUCUUUUUAAAAAAUAUGGUAGAACUGGGAUCUACAAGACUCACUUGUUAUCAAGUCCAACUGUCAUAGUCUGCUCGCCGGAUACUUGCCGGAAAAUAUUGGCCGACGACGAAAAUUUCACCCUUGGUUAUCCCCAAACCAGCAAGAUCUUGGCCGGAAAAAGAUCGUUCCACAGCAUAUCGAAAUCGGAACAUAAGCGUCUGAGACGGCUAACCACAUCAAUCCUCAAUGGCCAUGAAGCUCUGUCCAUGUAUGUUGGUCACAUUGAACACAAUGUGAUUAACUCCCUUGAAGAAUGGUCAAGAUUGAACCGUCCAAUUGAAGUUCUACCAGAGCUGAAGAGGAUUGUUUUCAAGGUCAUUACACAUAUUUUCAUGGGUGCUGAUGAUGAUCCGGUUGUGGCUGAUAUGGAGAGCUUGUUCACAGAAUUGCAUGCUGGGUUGUUUUCCUUGAAUGUCAAUUUGCCUGGCUUUGCUUUCCACAGAGCAAUCAAGGCAAGGAAGAAGUUGGUGAAAAUUCUUUCAUAUGUGAUAGAGAAAAAAACAAAAGCAUUGAACAAAGAACCAGAAAAGGGGAAGAGAGAUAUGAUUGAUCUGCUAAUGGCUGUGGAAGAUGAUGAUGGUAGAAAAUUAGAGGAGGAAGAUAUUAUAGAUUUGUUGAUCAUGUUCUUGGUUGCUGGACAUGAAAGCUCAGCUCUAGGUACCAUGUGGGGUUUGAUCAACUUGGCUGAAAAUCCUGAAGUUUUCAAAAAGGCCAAGGAGGAGCAAGAGAUGAUUGUGAGAAAUAGACCAUCUACUCAGAAAGGAUUGACUCUUAGGGAAAUCAAGUCAAUGACAUAUCUUCCCAGGGUGAUUGAUGAGAUGAUGAGGAAAACUAGUAUUAACUUCGCAGCUUUCAGGCAUGCAAUUGAGGAUGUCAACAUCAAUGGUUAUCUGAUACCAAAAGGAUGGAAAAUUUUAGUUUGGUACAGAGCUAUUCAUAUGGAUCCACAAAUCCAUCCCAAUCCACGUGAAUUCAAUCUAGAAAGAUGGGAUAAUGAUGGAGUGAAAACUGGGGCUUUCGUUCCCUUUGGGGCAGGAACCAGAAUUUGCCCCGGAAGAGACUUGGCCAAGCUUGAGAUGUCCAUUUUCCUUCAUUACUUCCUACUUAACUAUAAACUUGAGAAGGUGAAUCCAAAAUGCCCAGUGACCUACAUACCAGUACCAAGGCCUACAGACAACUGCCUAGCAAAAAUUGUAAAAGUGGCGUAAUAUGAUAUAUAUUUUCAGAUAUAUGUAUGGUGUGCCGUGUAGCUUCGGUUUCAAAAUAUUUCUUCUACGGUUUCUCUGUUUCAUUCUAUGUUUAGCUGUAAUAGAACAUUUUAUGUUGUCCUAAAAGAUACCACCAAAUUCAGUGUGAUAUAUUUAGCUUAAUUUUUAAGAUUGGUGAAAAUAAAUUUCACACUAUAUUUGCAGCUAGCAGCAA